AUGGGCAUCCAGACGGGCGGCGAAGAUGGCGAGAUCAAGGAGAUGCCCAAGACAGGCACCGUGGCUAACAACCCUGAAACGGAGGCACAUGAGGAGGACACUCCCCAAGAGACAGACGGAGAGACCUCCUGCACGGUAACGAGACUCUGGGAAGACAGCACCAACCGCGACCGUAUCGUGUGGCUGACGGAGCCUCCCAUCGUCGAAAAGAAGGAUCAAGCAGCAUCAGAUUUCCCCCGACCUGCCAUCACCCUACUGCACACCGAUCCCGGCCAAACGGGCAAACACGCGCUGGACACGAUCAUCAUGCGCGGCACACAGCUACGCCGAUUCCUCGAAGACACCAUCCCAGACAUGUCCUCGUUCUACAACGAGGCGGAGCAGGGCAUCGCCAUCAAAGCACCCUUCCGCCUGCUCUUCUGGCACCUCGACCAGAUCGAGGCUGCCGCUCACUGUCCCGACAGGAAGUCGUUGAGUCGGGUGACGACCCUCGUUCUGGACGUGCUCCAGGAUGAGUUCCGCGAUCUGCUGGCCAAGCGAGCCCGACUCGUCGCGGAGCGCGAGAUGAACUUCGACGUCCUCUGGACCGUGUUCAAGCCAGGUAUCACCUGCCUGACCAAAGCUGAUGAGCACACCGUGGCGGUGAAGGUGUCGUCAAUCCAUUUCAGUAAGGAUCCUAUGGGUCAGAUUUACUACAGGAUCAAGCAUGAUACCCUGGCGUGGGAUGGGUUGCAUUUUGGCUGGGACGACAGCUACACUGACAUCUACGAGUUCAGGGGGAGACGGAAGAUCUUGGAUCUUAGCAUCUACCCCAUCGAGUACCACCCAGACAAGAAGAGCCUUGUUGAUGGGCUCGUGGCGCGGGGCAAGAAGUUUGCGCGCAUCGCCAUGAAGGAGCCGCACAUGAUGAGUUUCAACGGCGAGGCCUUGGACCGCGAGAGCUCGCCCAUGUGGUGGCAGGGCGAGCAGAAGAAAAAGAUGUCUGAGCGGAUUGUAUUAGAUGCCCGAGCAUACAACCACUACUUCCGCAGAUACUCGGUCAGCAAAUUGAUGAAGCGCGACGCCAUGGCCGACGCCCUCCUCAACUCCGACGCCAUCUUCCUCUACUGCCAGCCGGAAUUCCGCUGCUUCGCGCUCCAGCACAAGAAGUGGGCGCGGGCCUGGAUCGACGACCUGGAAGAAGUCGAGUUCAACGACCUCGCCUACCCCAGCCUCUUCCUCCCCCACGACUACAAAGAGCUCCUGCUGGCCUUUGCCGAAGCUCAGAUUGACGGCUACGGCUUCGACGACAUCAUCGCCGGCAAGGGACAGGGCAUCCUGAUGCUGCUGGCUGGGGCGCCCGGCACGGGCAAGACACUGACCGCCGAAGCCAUGGCCGAGCACAUGCAGCGGCCGCUCUACUCGGUCUCGGCGGGCGAGCUGGGCACCUCGGCGGGAGGCAUGGAGAACGAGCUGGACCGGGUGCUGGAAUUGUCGACGCGCUGGAAUGCCGUGCUGCUGCUCGACGAGGCGGAUGUCUUUCUGGAGCGCCGCACCGACAGCGACAUACGGCGCAACAGCAUCGUCUCGGUGUUUCUGCGGAAAUUGGAGUACUAUAGGGGCAUCAUGUUCUUGACGACGAACCGCAUCCAUGCCAUUGAUGAGGCGUUCAAGUCGCGUAUUCACAUUGCGAUUCGCUACCCGGACCUCGAUGCCAGUACCAGGCGGUCGAUAUGGCAGAAUCAUUUGAAGCGGGCGGCGGACUUCUACCAGCAUGGCGUCAACGUGGGACCGCAGGAACUGGACCAGCUCUCACAGAAGACGUUGAAUGGCAGAGAGAUACGCAACAUUGUGAAAUCGGCGCAGUUGCUGGCGUCGCGGUCCAAGCAGCCCCUUCAGAAGAGUCACCUCGAUAUCGUCUGGAGAGUCGAGCACGAACAAAGCGCGUUCUUGGAAUAUCACCCGAGUGCACAACUAAAUGGUGUUGAUGCUGGGGUUGGCUGA